CGCAGUUGCACAAGUAGGAGUUUGCUACGGAAUGUUAGGUAAUAAUUUGCCCCCUAAGCCCGAUGUUAUCGCUCUAUUCAAACAAAAUGGAAUCAAGAGAAUGAGACUUUACGAUCCAAACCCGGAAGCACUUAAAGCUCUAGGGGGAUCCAACAUCGAGGUUACGGUUGGUGUACUCAACCAAGAUCUUCAAAAGCUAGCUUCAAGCCCGGCCGAAGCCACCACUUGGGUCCAAACCAAUAUUAAAAGCUACCCAAAUGUUACAUUUAGGUACAUCGUGGUUGGCAAUGAAGUCCAAUCACAAUUCGUUCUCGGAGCCAUGCAAAACAUGUUUAACGCGAUUUCAACUGCCGGUCUAAAAAGCCAAAUUCGGGUGACCACAGCCCUCGACACUGGUAUCCUUGGAGAGUCUUUCCCGCCAUCCAAAGGCGUGUUCAAGGCCGACGCAAACGGGUUCAUCACCCCGAUAGCGAAGUUCCUCGCUGCAAACGGAUCUCCCUUGCUUAUGAAUGUAUACCCUUAUUUCGCACUAGCAAAUGUGGCACUUGAUUACGCGCUCUUCAAAUCACCCGGAGUUGUGGUGAAGGACGGUGCUCUAGGAUACCAGAACUUGUUCGACGCCAUGAUGGACGCUUUGUAUUCGGCGUUGGAGAAGGCUGGGGCCGGGUCUUUGGAGAUCGUCGUGUCGGAGACAGGGUGGCCAACGAGUGGAGGGAACGGAACAAGCCUAGAGAAUCAAAAGAGUUACAUUCUUAACCUUAUCAAUCAUGUGAAGGGUACACAAGGAACACCAAAGAAACCUGGAAAGUCCAUAGAAACUUAUAUCUUUGCCAUGUUUGAUGAGAACCAGAAAACCCCUGAUUAUGAGAAGUUUUGGGGUUUGUUUACUCCAAACAAACAAAUUAAGUACCCAAUUAGUUUUGCUUGA